CCGCCGCCCCUGCACAGAGCUCGGCCGCCGCGGCUCUGCACCGAGUCCGCCGUCGCCUCCAGCCCGAGCAACUCCUCCCGCAGGACAAGCUUCUCCACCCCGAGCGCCUCUGUAGCCCGCGCACGCCGUCCAGGCAGGAGCUCCACCGAGCUCGCUGCUCUCUCUCCCCCGAUUUUGGAUCGAAUUGCAGAUUUCAUCAUGUCAUCGUUCACCGGUGUAUCUGUGGUCACCGACGGAAAGCACUGCACCACGUCGGAUGUCGUCGGCACUACGGACUGUGGGUACCACCUGCUCAUGGUCAAAGAAUACUCGCGCACCGUACAAGAGAUACCCAUCGGAGAGGACAUCAGCUCUGGGCCUUUCAUGCUAGGAGGCCAUAAAUGGCACAUUGACUACUUUCCUAACAGUGAGGGGCCGAGUUGUGCCGACUUCAUUUCUCUCUAUCUUCGCCGUGACGAUGACAUUAUGGAAGAGGCUGUGGGUGCGAAGUUUGAGUUUAGCUUCGUUGACGAGGUUGAGUAUCAAAAGCCAGUACGCUUCCGCGCAACUGAAACAUGCAACUUCUCUAGCGAAACUCCUUCCAGGGGCUUCUGUGAGUUUGUGAGAAGAGAUGAACUUGAACAAUCAGCUAAUCUGAAGGAUGAUUGUUUCACCAUCCGGUGUGACAUCAUGAUUUUCAAGGAUACCACACAGUAUGCCGGUGGGACCAUGCCUGACAUAAGCCACCAUUUUAACAAUCUCCUUCAGAGUAAUGUGGGUGCUGAUGUGACAUUCGAGGUCAGCGGUGAGACGUUCCUUGCACACCGGUGUGUUCUUGCAGCCCGAUCUACAGUCUUCAUGGCACAACUCUUUGGCCCCAUGGCAGAGAAAACUACAUCCAGUGCCAUAGAGAUCAAAGACAUGGAAGCAAAAGUGUUUGCAGCUUUGCUUAGGUUCAUCUACACAGAUUCAUUCCCUAAGGUGGAGGAGGAAGAAGGACAGGAUGAGGAGGAAUCAGUAGAGGGUAAGAUGUCAGAAGUUGUGGAAGAAGGACAAGAAGAGGAUGCAAUAGAGCAGGUAGUUUUUCUCAGGUGUGUGCAAUGGGUGCAACACUUGUUUGUAGCCGCAGAUAGAUAUGAUAUCCAACGGCUCAAGUUCUUGUGUGAAGACCAGUUGUCCAACAACAUAGGCGUGAGCUGUGUGUUGUCCACUCUUGCUCUAGCAGAGCAGCACCACUGCCCUGGAUUGAAGGAGGCAUGCUUGAAGUUUAUCCAAGUCCAAUCUCCCAAGUGUUUGGAUAAAAUUAUGGCGAGUGAUGACUGGGAGCAUAUAACUACGACCUAUCCCUCUGUUUUGAAGGAGCUCAUUUCCAAGCUUGCAUCCAAUCAGAAGGAGAAGAAGAGGAAGCACGAGAGUAUGUAAUGCAAGACCUGAAGUAACACUAUUAUGCAUAGAUGUGAUGCGAUCCUCUAAUGGUGGUCUGCUCAUCUUGCUUUUGUAUCAUAAUAAUGUCGUUUGCCUAUUUUCUGAACCAGAAAGAUCCAACAUAUGGGCAAACAUGGAAUUGGAUGGUCUGUAGGUUUAGGUGCAAGCGUCGACAUUGACCUGUGCAAGUUCCCUAGCUAGUUGUUUCUCUGUUGCAUUGUGCCUUCCCUGCCAUGUAAAAAAAACCUUUUCUAGUGGUUAUCAAGAACCAUGCAGAUGUUUAUGGAAGGUGUAUUGUGAACCUGCAUUUAGGGGGAGUGAUUUUGGUGGGGACCUUCUCCUGGUGCGCGCUUUUCUAAUUUUUUAUACCAUUUUGCUGCUGAUUGCACAACUGUAGGUUGACUUGUUUGUGGUUUGGUUUCAUGUUUGUGCUAUUGGUAUUUUGAAUUGCUGAAGUUUUUUUUGGUUGGUUUGAUCUGUCCUGAUAGCUGUUGAGUAUUUUUUCUAUCACUGUUAUUGAAGUGAUUGCCUCUUAUAAACAUACAUGAUAGGAAUCGGGAUGAUGUUCGGUAAUUUUGUUUUUUUCGUACUAUUAGAUAAGAUGUAGAAUGGGAAUAUGCUACACUGAAUUCACGUUAUUGCACACCUUUCUCAACCAUCUAUUGAUUUGUGUAUUAUAAGGUUGAUUGGAGCAGUACUCAUGGUUUCCUAGAUGCAGCUGUUUGUUUGAGCUGGAAGUUAUUUUGUCAUGAAGUGAAGGAUGAAGGAAGCAUAACUAGGUCAUGCUAAAUGCUAUUUGUUACAUUCAUGUAAUUACUACUAUGCUCAGCUACUUAUCUGUUUUUAUGUACAUAGCAGUUUUAAAUGAGAUGAAGAAUAUUUCCAAAGCAGUUGAAAAAUUCGAGAAUAUGAUCUGAAAUACUGCUACUGGACCAAGGAGAGUGCUUGCAUCUUUUACUCCUUGUUUUUGCACAGCUGGACUGAUCUGCUACUGACUAGUGAUUUAUCAGCUUUAUUCAGUUUGUAGACAUUCUAGAGAAAUAUUUUAUUCUAGUGUUAUCUCUGAAA